AUGACCGAAGCACCAUAUGUGCCGGCGGAAACGACAACUCAGGCCACGACACAACAAACAACACCUAUCCAGGAGCCCUACGAGGAGAGCUAUGAUGAUGAGACGAACGCCCCGGAAACGCCGGCCCCAACCACGGCCGCUCCCGCGAAGCACACCUAUGGACCCCGGCCGAAGCCGACGCCCGCCCCGAAGAAGUACACGAACCACAGGCUGGACUACCCCAUCGCGUCGUGCUACACUAAUCCUGAUGGCUUCAUGUGCUGCAACAGCACGCUGGAAGAUGUGCUCAAGGACGCGUAUCAACUCCUCGACAAGAAGACCGGCUGGAUGAACUGCAACUCGCAGCAAAUCUCCAACGCCGUUCAGGAGCGUUGCGAGAAGAAGUUCGGCACGCCCUUCGAGACGAUCACCGGCAUCGGCGAUUUCGCCUCCAAAUCCCACUUUUAUUCGGAUCUGAUCUGCAAGAUUAAGAGGGAGGGACGCUUCAUCCUGGCGUACGCGACGCCGAAUCGUACACGAGAAGCCGAUCACCAGCCGCCCGUACAUCGUGCCCACCGAGAC